GCAAGGUCUAGACAUUGAAAAUAUUAUUCCACAGAUAUAUCACUCUUCUCGCCGAUCAUCCAGGAUGUGUCGCUAGGCGCCUCCCACUCUAAACGCGAUUACUUUUCACUGGCUUAAGCCAAAGUUUUUUUCAGCACGGCCCAAUCAAUCAGGAUGUCAAGACCAACAGUUCACCUACUCGACUAUGUCGCGGGAAACAUUCGAUCUCUAGUCAAUGCUAUUGAGAAAUGUGGCUAUGAGGUGGAAUGGAUCAAAAGUCCCGAGGACGUCAAGAAUGCUGAGAAAAUAAUCCUCCCCGGCGUUGGCCACUUUGGCCACUGCCUAUCAAGCCUAGAGUCCUCAGGUUAUCUUCCUGCCAUCAGGGCCCACAUUGAAGCUGGAAAGCCCUUCUUUGGGAUUUGCGUUGGUCUCCAGGCAUUGUUUGCCGGUAGCGAAGAAGCUCCUCACGUGUCUGGCCUCAACUUGAUCCCUUCGUCGUUGAAGAAAUUUCAGCCAACAGAUGCCGAGGGGAAGAGAAAAGCGGUUCCAUGCAUCGGCUGGAAUGAUGCCAUCCUCAAUGAAAGACAGAAUGCUGUGCGGAUCCCGGACAAGACCUACUACGGGCUCAGCCCCACAAGCAAAUACUACUAUGUCCAUUCAUAUUUCGCGCCCUACGUCCCUGGAGUCCUCGAGUCACAAGGAUGGACUGUUGCCGUGGCUUCAUAUGGCGGUGAAGAAUAUAUCGGUGCGAUUGGGCGAGACAACGUCUUUGCCACCCAGUUUCAUCCUGAGAAGUCGGGCGCAGCGGGUCUGCGUGUCAUUCAGGCAUUCCUAGACGGGGCCAUGUGGACGGACCCUGUUCCUCCUCCGAUCCUAACCACCAUGCCCCACGAUCUCACACUGUCGACGCUUUCCAAGAACAAUGGGCUGACGCAUCGAGUGAUAGCCUGUCUCGAUGUCCGCACCAACGACUCUGGCGACUUGGUGGUGACAAAAGGUGACCAAUACGAUGUCCGAGAAAAGACAUCUUCCAAGGGUGUUCGAAACAUGGGCAAACCUGUUGACAUGGCCCGCAAAUACUAUCUUCAGGGAGCCGAUGAGGUGACCUUCCUCAACAUUACCUCUUUCCGCGACUGUCCUGUUCAAGACCUCCCUAUGCUGGAGAUCCUCCGUUUAACCAGCGAAUCUGUUUUCGUCCCCUUGACUAUAGGAGGCGGGAUCCGCGACACGGUCGACCCCGUGACCAAGCAGCAGUACAGCGCCCUCGACAUUGCCAAACUCUACUUCUCGUCCGGUGCGGACAAGGUCUCGAUCGGAUCCGAUGCGGUGUUGGCCGCCGAAGAGUACUAUGCCAAUGACUCCCAAUUGACGGGCAAAACAGGUAUCGAGGCCAUUUCCGCCGCCUACGGUCGUCAAGCCGUCGUUGUCAGUGUCGACCCGAAACGCGUCUUUGUCGAGGAUCCGACGUCUACGAGCCAUCAAACCAUUAAAACGAACCAUCCGGAUCCCGUAACUGGUCACGCCUACGUCUACUAUGCAUGUACCAUCCGGGGAGGCCGCGAGACCCGAGACCUGGAUGUGGUACAACUGGUGCGAGCCGUGGAAGCGAUGGGGGCUGGCGAGAUUUUGUUGAACUCGAUCGAUCGCGACGGGCAGAACCAGGGAUACGAUCUGGAAUUAAUUCGUUGGGUGAAACGAGAAGUGCAGAUUCCGGUGAUUGCGAGUUCAGGAGCUGGGCGGCCUAGUCAUUUCGCCGAAGUGUUCAAAAUGACUGCUGUCGAUGCGGCCUUGGGCGCUGGCAUGUUCCACCGAGGCGAAUACACGGUAUCACAAGUCAAAGACCACCUGAUCACAGAGGGUCUCUCAGUCCGGCCGUUUGAAGAGUCGUGACACCAGGACCCAGACCUGUGUUCGGGGCGGGAGGGCGUGAUGAAGCCACCCACCCGUCAAAGGUACCAUAGACUAGUUAGACCGCUGUGCCUUGACGAAGAUAGGAGGAGACUUCGAGAUACAAAUGAGAAGUUCCAAAUAUUUGGACAAUUGAAUUGAGUGAUAGGUUCACGUAGACUAGAGCUACCAUUCAGAAUCUAACAAUAACUCGACGGGCUGACCCUCAGAUGGCGUGCCAAUCCUCUUGCUUUGUUCUUUAGUCAAUCUGAACUUGCUGACCCGCCCUCAGGGUACAGAAAGCAAUGUGAGGCAUUCUUUUCCGGUAGCCACGAUGAGUAUACCAACGGUUUUGGGUCCGACAAGUCAAUGAUGCGGGCCGACCAUCCUCCCCUGUAGGUCUUUUCUUGGGUCGAUGGGUUGAGUUGGUAGGGCAUAGGCAUUCCAAGAAUCUCGAGAUUUCAGCCUAGUGAGGAGCCUAACUCAUGUUUACAGGGUUUCCCCUGUCCGUUUCUUCGCAGGUUCAGAGGUCCUUGUUUACUUUAAUAUCUUU